AUGGGACGUGUUGUCAUAAUAACAUCAAAAAUUGUCAGAAAACUGAAAGAGUACUCGCUGUCAUCUACAGGUGCAACCAAAGUAUAUAUCGAUUUGGAUAUCCCUGAAACAGCUGAGCUCCAUACGAGGUAUCGCUUGGAAGAUGAUAUCAUAGAGGAAACAGGGCCGGAAGCCCACUUGCAAGGAACAAUUCAAGAACAAAUGCUCUAUAACAGAAAGACACUAAGAGAAAUAACUGAAAUUGCAUAUGAAUCUGAAAAACAGGAAAAGUUCUAUACUACAGAAGCAACCAUUAAGUCAAUUGAUACAUCAGAUGAGUGGUACUACAUAGGAUGCGGCAAAUGUAAUAAAAAAAUACAAAAAGAAGGGAAUCACUUCUACUGUCUAAAAUGUGAGAAAGAACCUGAGAAGACAUGUCCAAGGUACAAACUUAAGCUAGAGAUAUGUGAUCAUACUGCAACAACAACUUGCACCAUGUUUGAGACAGAAGCAAAAAAAACUGAUUAAGCAAUCUGCAAGAUUCUUGAUAGAUAGGGAUGACUGUGAUAUCCAUGAGCAGGCAGAAAAAUUUCAGAAAAUAUGUGGGCAGAGAUUGAUUUUUCAGUUCAGACUGAAUGACUAUAAUUUCAAGUACGGUUACCAAGAUUACACUGUUCAUAGAAUAUUUUUAUGGACCCUGAAGAAGAUUCAUCGGUACAACACGUUAAUGUUGAACAGAACACUAUGAAGGGCACUAAAAAGUCUAGGACUAGGAACACAUGUCGCGUUGUACAUUCUGAUGAAGAAUCAGAAGAGGAUAGCCAGGAGAAAGAUGAAUGCAAAUUCAAGGAAUCUAGCCCCAAAAGAAAGCGUACAAUAAGCAUUACUAAAGACAAAGAUUCCGAAAAAGAUGGAACUGAGAAUUAUUCAAAGACCAGCAUAAGGCUUACUGGUGUUGUUGAUAAGGGAUCUAAG